AUAUAAUGCUAGAUUAAUGUUAGUAUUUUACAUUCGAUUACUCAUAUCAAUUCUUAUGCAAUAGAAUAGAGAAGCGAAUCUAUCCUGUGAAUUACAAAGUUAAAAAUAGAUUAUUAAAUUCAUUUUUGGGAAAGAUUCAAAUAAAACCUAUGCCUUUUGAAAUUGUUUCUAUCACAAAUAUGACCAACGUAAGUAAGCAUAUAGCUGAGAGUGAGAUAAUAUAUGAAAAUGCUAAGACAGUGGAUGAUUAAGAAAAAACAUAAGUUCCUCCAAAUGAAUUGUGGGAAAAGGCAAAGUAAUGUUGUAAUCUUUUAGAAAACUCAAAAGUUGAUAAUCAAGAUUUAUUUGGGAUUUCCAAUUUAUAUGAUUAGAUUUUAGAAAUUUUAUAACCUCCAAAAUCAAAACAUGAGUAUUUCAUUUCUCCUCAUAAUUCAGACACAGAAAUAAAACAAAAGAAAUUAGUUUAUAAUCCAGAAGCACUUAACAAUCUUAUCAAACGUCUCCGAUCUGGAAAAGUACAAUCUUAAACAAGAUCUUUAUUUAGAUCUACACAGAGAAUGUAAACAUCGUCAAUAGGUAAAUAAAUUUAAAAGACUGAAUUAAAUGAAUAACUAAGUGUACAAGCCCUUAAUUUUUUAAAGUAAUUAAAAAAGAAAUAGUUGAAUAAAUGA